AUGUCGGACAAAUUUGGUUCGUACGUGUCGUCGAAUGAGCGGCACGCCUUGGAGACCAAUCCCCGGCUGCGUGGCAUGAAUUACACCCACGCUUGGGUCAACCACUCCGAAAACUUUGUCAACCCCAUCAACGGUGCCCACAGACAGUCCAUCAAAGGUGUGUGGGAGGUGAGGAUCAAGAAAUACCUCAAGGCGAUGCGCGGGGUGCACCGCAAGCACCACCCUGGGCAUUUAGACGAAUUUUUGUGGCGUUCGUAG